AUGUACGCUCAAAUACAAUGGUUCUGGCUGAUCGGCGCUCUUCUUCCGGUGGUAUUCUAUGUCUUAAUACGAGUAUUCCCUCGGUCUAAGCUCAGGUUCCUAAAUGCACCUGUGAUGCUAGGUGCUAUGGCCUGGUUGCCUCCGGCCACUCCUUUGAGUUUCUUUUCGUGGGUUAGCUUUGGUCUCAUUUUCAACUACUGGAUUCGACGCCGGUGGGGUGGCUGGUGGCAUACUUACAACUACAUCACCGCUGCAGGGCUUGAUUCAGGCCUCAUUCUGUCCACCAUUGUUAUUUUCUUCGCCAUUAUUCUGCCGAAUGUCUCGAUACCUCAGUGGUGGGGAAAUACAGCUCCAAACGAGACCAUGGACUAUCUUUAUACUACAGUUCGAAAGACUGUCGCAGAUGGAGAGACUUUCGGACCACAGAAGUGGUAA